GUCUCUCUCUUUAAAAUGAUAAAAGAAAGUGACAGCCAUGCUCUGGCUUCCCGUUGCAGGGGCAUAGAUGUCGUGAGGAAUAAAAUCAAAAUGUUCGCACAGCAGAAGGUGACCCUCCCCAAAGGCCGUCACAAGAUCAUCAUCCUGGAUGAGGCUGACAGCAUGACCGAUGGGGCCCAGCAGGCCCUGAGGAGGACCAUGGAGAUCUACUCCAAGACCACCCGCUUUGCACUCGCCUGCAAUGCCUCCGAUAAGAUCAUAGAGCCCAUCCAGUCCCGCUGCGCCGUCCUGCGCUACACUAAGCUGACAGACGCCCAGGUCCUGGCCCGGUUGACGAGUGUGAUCAAGGCCGAGAAGGUGCCCUACACAGACGAUGGCCUGGAGGCCAUCAUCUUCACCGCCCAGGGGGACAUGCGGCAGGCUCUCAACAACUUGCAGUCCACCUUCUCGGGCUUCGGCUUUAUUAGCAGCGAGAAUGUGUUCAAGGUCUGUGAUGAGCCCCACCCACUCUUGGUGAAGGAGAUGAUCCAGCACUGCGUGAACGCCAACAUUGACGAGGCCUACAAGAUACUUGCCCACCUGUGGCGCCUGGGCUACUCGCCCGAGGACAUCAUAGGCAACGUCUUCCGCGUGUGCAAGACCUUCCCAAUGGCUGAAUACCUGAAGCUGGAGUUCAUCAAGGAGAUUGGCUACACGCACAUGAAGAUUGCGGAUGGUGUCAGCUCCCUCCUGCAGAUGGCGGGGCUGCUGGCGCGCCUGUGCACCAAGACCAUGGCCCCCGCGGCCAGCUAGGGGGCAUCCCGGGCCCAGAACCCCAGCCCCCGCCUUGUCAUCAUCAUUGGAGCCUUCCUUCACGUGACCUCGGCGUUGUCCCUGCGUGAUGGCUCCACCUGGGAGUGACGGGGACACCAGAGCCAGUGAAACCGCCUCAUACUGACUGGGUGCCAGGCCCUCGGGAAGAUGCCCCCUCACCCACCCUGUCCCCGCAGGAUGCUGUACCUGCUGGGCUGCACAGGUGGCUCAGGGCUGGGAGGCCGAGCAGUGGCUGAGCACCAGACUCCCCUGAUUGAGGUCCUAGGGGUCCAGGUUCAGUGCCUGGCACCUCCAUAGGCCAGAGUCAAGCGAUGCUCUGGGGUCUCUCUCCCUCUGUCCUCUCUCAUUUUUUAUUAUUUUUUUAAAGGAAAAGUGGUUUCAGUGUCACAUUGGAUAAGCUUAUCUCGGUAUUGAAAGAAGCUGGGUGCAGUGUUCCAGACUCUCCUUCUCCCUCUCUCCUCACUUUCAUAAAUAAAUCUUCAGGGGCCAGGCAGUGGCACUCCUGAUUAAGCACACACAGUGUGCAAGGAUCUAGGUUUGAGCCCCUGGCUCCCCACCUGCAAUGGGGUCGCGUCACAAGCGGUGAAGCAGGGCUGCAGAUGUUUUUCUGUCUCCUCUAUCUCCUCUCAAUUUCUCUCUGUCCUAUCCAAUAAUAAAUUUUUUUUAAAUCAAAUCUUUUUUUUUUGAAAUUUUAUUUUUUAAUUUUUUUCCCUUUUGUUGCCCUUGUUUAUCAUUGUUGUUGUUAUUGCUGUCAUUGUUGGAUAGGACAGAGAAAUCAAAAAAGGAGGGGAAGACAGGGGGAGAGAAAGCCAUCUGUAGACCUUCACUGCCUGUCAAGUGACUCCCCUGCAGGUGUGGAGUUGGGAGCUGCAAACCAGUUAACAGACAGAUGGGGCGACAAAACAUACUGACAGGUCUUAAAAGAAAAGGCCAAGCAUGGCAGGGGGCUGACAGGAGAGCUCCCCAGAAGGGUACCUGCAUUGCCACAGAGGUGAGCCAGGCUGCAAACCCACCCAGGCCCACACACAGGGCAGCCUCACCACCUGGCUGAUGGUGGUGCUAGGGGUUGAACCUGGGAGCUCAGAGCUUCGGGCAUGAAAGUCUUUUGCAGAACCACGACACUGUGUCCCCAGCCCUUCUUUCUCUGUCUCCCCCUCUCUCAAUUUCUUUCUGUCUCUACCCAAUAAUUUUAUUAUUAUUAUUAAUUAGAGACUUAUAACUAAG